AUGAUUUCAGCAGUGGAAUCGGUCAUUAAUCAGACGGAAGCGGCGGAGGAGACGAAGAAUCUUAUCCGACACCAAGUUACGUCCCUCCUUAUGACUCACAAGCCGCGCGAAACACUCACAAAGGUUGAACGCCAUGCACUAAGAGAACUCAAGGCCGACAAGAACAUCGUCAUUGUGCCCGCGGACAAGGGGCGUUCCACCGUCGUACUGGACAGAACAGACUACCUUCAGAAGGCCAAAAACCUACUGGAGGAUCGUCAGUUCUAUGUCCCAUGUGAAACCAACCCCAUAAAAACGCUGACACGCGAAAUAAAUGCAACACUGUUGGCACUGGAGAACUCGGGUGCAAUAACAGCGACCGACCGACGCAUGGCGAGAGCUCAAGAAACGGCUUUGGCCCGAUUCUAUGGUCUCCCAAAGGUGCACAAGGAGGGCGCUCCUCUCCGGCCCAUUGUUUCGCUCAAAGGCACUCCAACGUACGGACUGGCAAGAUGGCUGUUUCGGCGCCUCAAAUUUCUGACCGCUGAUUCGGACACCACGGUCUGUUCGUCAACGCAAUUCGUGGAGAAGCUUAAAGGAGUAAGUCUCUUGCCCAAUGAGGUCAUGGUAUCUUUUGAUGUCACGUCUCUCUUUACUUCUAUCCCCCAGGAUCUGGCAAUCGAGACCGUCCAGCUACUCCUACGAAACAAAUACGAUGAAACGGAGAAUCGUCUCGGACAUGCCCAAGUCCUUCAGCUCCUAAAGUUCUGUCUCAGGACGUACUUCACGUUUGACGGAACAAUCUACGAGCAAGUGAAGGGAACACCGAUGGGCUCGCCGAUUUCGGGAUUCAUCGCCGAAGCGGUGCUACAGCGGUUGGAGUCGCUGGUCUUCCAACACCACAGACCGAAAUUCUGGGCUCGGUAUGUGGACGAUACCUUCGUCGUCAUCGAACGGGAUCAGGUGCUAACGUUCAAAGAACGUCUCAACAGCGUCUUCCCGGACAUACAAUUCACGAUGGAGGAGGAAGAGAAUAACCAGCUGGCAUUCCUUGAUGUCCUCGUCUGUCGCAAAGAUUGUGGUGGCCUAAAGACCAAAGUGUUCAGAAAAGCAACGAACACGACGCAAAUUCUGAACUUCAACAGUAACCACCCAAUCUGCCACAAACGCAGUUGCGUAAGAACGCUAUGUCGGCGUGUUGAGACGCACUGCAGUGAACCGGAAGACAAGGUUGCCGAAUCACAAUAA